UUAAUUUUUUCUUCUUCUCUUACUUGAUUACAUACGACUGUUUCUUAUUUAUUAUAUUUUGUUUUUGUGGUGUUGUACUUGUAUACAGUCUUGUUAAAUGCGCGUCGGUUUGUUAAGUUAAAAACAAAAUCGGAAAACAAACGCCAUUAUAGAGAGUAGUAUGGCAAAAUCACAGUAAAAAUAAAGAAAAUAAACAACAACAAAAUUGUACAAAGGUCUUGUCAAUCAUUUAUUUGCAUAUAGAUUUUGUUGUUAAUGCUGCAUAAAAAUUGCACAAAAAAAAAGAAAAAAAUUAAAAGUAAAACAGUGUUUAACUUAAUAAAAGCAUUGGAAUUAAAAAUGAAAUAAAAAUAAAACAUCAACAAAAUUUACAUUUCCUUGUAAAAGUCAAGGAACAAAUUAAAUAAUUAUGAAAAAAGUUUCAAGUGAAAAUUAAUAAAUAAAAUUCUAAAAUAAAAAAAAAGAAAUAAAAUUCUUAUACAAAAUGAGUGAAACUCCUACAAAUUCUACAAACAUGACGCGUGAGGAAGAAGAAGAGGAAGUGCGCACCCUGUUGGAACGUCAUCAGGAACGCAUACGACUCGAUCUGGCCAAUACCGAACUACUGGCCGUUUUAGUUAAAAAUUCUGUUUUAACACAAUCCGAAGAGGAUUUACUGCUUAAGCCUCACAAUGCGGCCGCCCAAACGUCAUCGGCUCCCUCUAGUGUGGGCGUAACCAAACGCAAACUGAGUGCCGUUAUCAGUAAUGCUAGCGGUACUAGCAGUAGUGCUGACAGCACCACAAGUGCAACACUGCCCAACAACAGCAGUGUAACCACUUCGCGUAGUGCCAGUGUGGUGGGCGAUAUUGCUCAAAGUGAUAAUCGUUCGAUAACACCCUCGGUGGUCAAUGUGCAACAACAGAAUUCGGAUAAUUUAAGUGAUUUAUAUAGUACGAAAGAUGAACUGAAUCAUCACAUCUUGAAUGAUGCCGAUAUUAUACGUUUACAAUGCGCCAAUUUAAUUGAGAUCAUUGCCAAAAAUGGUUUUGAAAAAUUCAAACAAUUCUGUUAUGCCAUCGAGAACGAGUGUCCCCAAUUGAUUGAGGAUUUAAUAAAUGAUCGUCUCAAAUGUGACGGCGCUUUCGAUGAGGAGAAAAAUGAGGACAAGCUACAAAAAGAAAUCGAUACGAUCGAAUAUAUAGACAAAGACAAAGAAAACGAUCGCAAUCGUCGAGCUGUCAGCUAUGGUGGUAUUACCAACAGCACGUCCAUGUCCACUCUGCCCCGAGCGGCACCACGACGUGUGAAUCUAAUGAAAGAUCCUCCGCCACCACCACCACCAAAGCCCAUUCUAUUGCAACAAACAUCGACCUCAUCGACCACCACAAACAACUCGAUACCCAGUAAAUACCCACAAUCCGAAUACAAUCUCAUUACCAAAUUAGAGUCUACCACUUCGUCUCUCACAGCUCCUACGCACUAUCAGGCGCAAAAUUUCUAUGCAAAUGUCUCUACAAUUGCGGCAUCCAGCAGCAAUAAUUACUCCUCACUGCUGUGUCAUGCCAGUUCAACAUCCAGCCCUUUGGCCGUGCGUAAGCGUGAGAAAUUGUUGCAUCGUUUCAGUGAUGCGGCCACGCUGGGACGCAAGCUCAAGAAGAAAAAGAAUACGAAUCGUACAUGUCGCUCGAUGACCGAGGCCAUUGAAAUGUUGGCCGAUCCUGUUAUAGAAGAUGAAUUUUUUGGUGAUCGUACAACAUGGGAAUAUCAUACGGUGUCGGUAACUCGUGUACCCGGUUAUGGUUUUGGUAUUGCAGUAUCCGGUGGCCGUGAUAAUCCCCACUUUGCCAACGGUGAUCCUUCCAUAGCGGUGUCGGAUGUUUUGAAAGGUGGCCCUGCUGAAGAUCGUUUGCAAGUUAACGAUCGCAUUAUCUCCGUUAACGGUGUCUCUCUGGAGAAUGUUGAAUACGCCACAGCUGUUCAAGUUUUACGCGACAGUGGCAAUACAGUGACUUUGGUCGUUAAACGACGAGUACCCCUCAAUAUGAAUACGGUCAGCAAUAAUCAGCAUCAACAUUCCCACAGCAUGAGUAAUGUUGGCCUCAACUCUCUACCAAAUACAAAUGGUACUGCCAUGGUGGUUAAUCCCACCAAUCCGAAUACAAUGAGUCAACCAAAUUCCUUAAAUUCCUCGUUAAUACAACAUAAUGGUCAGCCGGGACAACCCCCCAUAAAGGUGACACUAACCAAGAAUAGCAAAAAAGAUGAUUAUGGUAUUGUGUUGGGUUGUCGUUUGUUUAUUAAGGAGAUCUCCAGUAAAGCUCGCGAUCAAUUGGCCGCUAAUGGUUAUAGUUUGCAGGAGGGUGAUGUUAUAACACGCAUACACAAUACCAAUUGUGCGGAUACCAUGAGUUUGAAGGAGGCUAAAAAGAUUAUAGAUGGCUGUAAGGAACGUUUGAAUUUGGUGGUUUUGCGUGAUAUCACCAAUCAGCCUGCCACCACUAUUGUUAAUCAAUUAAAUAAUUCCAAUACCCAGCCUCAGAAUAUCUAUGCCACACAUCAACCUCAAUUGUCGAACUGUAGCAAUAACCUGGAUGAUCCGUAUUUGAAUGGUGGAGCCACAUAUUCGUCACAAAAUUUAUAUGUACAACCUCCCACGCGUUCGUCUAACAAUGGUCCGCCCAAUGGUUUGAAUGAUGAGAAGAGUAAUUUGACGCCACGUGGCCGUUCCAGAGGACCCAUAAUGGAUGGAGUUUCCUUACAACAGCUGGAUAGACCGGUCACUCCACCCAAUGGUUCCACAUCACGCUCACGCAUAGAUGAGCCACCCAGACCACCACCACCUCGAGGCCCCAAUAAUGCAGAAGAUUUUUAUAGUUCUCGCCGACAGCUGUACGAAGAUGAUCCUUUGACACGAUCACGCCAAUCGGCCGAACCCAGAUUUAUAUCAUUCCAAAAAGAGGGCAGUGUAGGCAUACGUUUAACGGGUGGCAAUGAAGCGGGCAUUUUUGUAACAGCCGUUCAACCGGGCUCUCCAGCUUCCCUGCAAGGUCUUACACCAGGCGAUAAGAUCUUAAAGGUCAACGAUAUGGAUAUGCAUGGUGUUACCAGAGAGGAAGCUGUUUUAUUCUUACUCUCCCUGCAAGAUCGCAUCGAUUUAAUUGUCCAGUACUGUAAGGAAGAAUACGAUGAGGUGGUGAAUAAUCAACGUGGUGAUUCGUUCCAUAUUAAGACUCAUUUCCAUUGCGAUAAUCCUUCUAAAGGUGAAAUGGCUUUUAAAGCUGGUGAUGUUUUUCGUGUUAUAGACACGUUACAUAAUGGUGUUGUGGGUUCGUGGCAGGUGUUGAAGAUCGGUCGUGGUCAUCAGGAAAUGCAAAGAGGUGUCAUACCGAAUAAGGCUAGAGCAGAGGAGUUGGCAACGGCACAAUUUAAUGCAACCAAAAAAGAGAUGAAUGCCAAUGAGUCGAGAGGAAACUUUUUCAGAAGGCGAAGAUCCACUCACCGUCGUUCCAAGAGUUUAUCACGUGAAAACUGGGAUGACGUUGUCUUUUCCGACAGCAUUUCCAAAUUCCCAGCCUAUGAACGUGUGGUCCUACGGCAUCCCGGCUUUGUGCGUCCCGUUGUCAUUUUUGGCCCCAUCUCUGAUUUGGCACGAGAAAAGCUGGCCAAAGAUUAUCCCGAUAAAUUCUCUACACCUCUACAGGAUGAUGAUAAAACAACAAAUGCCAAAUGUCGCAUUGUACGUCUCUCGAACAUACGUGAUAUAAUGGAUCGUGGCAAACAUGCUCUCUUGGACAUAACGCCCAAUGCAGUGGAUCGUCUUAACUAUGCUCAAUUUUAUCCCAUUGUUCUAUUCUGUAAGACGGAUAGUAAACAUGUCAUCAAACAAUUAAGACAGGGUAUGCCCAAGGCAGCCCAUAAGAGCUCAAAGAAAUUGUUGGAACAAUGUCAGAAAUUGGAACGUGUUUGGUCGCACAUCUUUAGCACACAAAUUGUGUUGAACGAUGAGGAGAGUUGGUAUCGUAAAUUGCGUGAUGCCAUUGAUUUGCAACAGAGUGGUGCUGUGUGGAUGUCUGAAACUAAGCCUGUUGAGUCCUUAUCCGACGAUUUCCUAUUCCCAAUGACCUCCAAUCGUUUAUCGUAUGCAUCAAGUCCAGAAUCCGAUUUGGAAUUAAGUCCUGGUCCAUCAACAUCAUUAUCUCUUGGCAAUUUACCACAAUUGGUUAAGUCGAGCUCAGAUCCAUCGAUUGCCACUAAUCAGGAUAACUUGGAUAGGGAUAGAGACAUAAUUGGUGAAGGAUUACCACCUCCAUAUACGAUUCCUUACGAUCAUUCCGCCCAGCCGCCACCGAAUCGUCGCCAAACUAUGGAUACUUCGAAAUAUGGCGGUGGCUAUGCUUCAAAUUCGAAUUUAUUGAACUCGGAUCCUUCAACACCCUCCACCCGGCCGCAAUCAUUGUAUGGCAUAAAUGCCCCCGAUUUGCCGCCACGCAUAGAUCGUCAAUCCAAACCCGGAGAUGUGCCAGUCCCCCCCAACAAUGUCACCAACACUCCAAAUACCACCAAUACCCCCUCACGCUCUAAUAGUUCAGGUGGCACCUUGGGACGUUCGGCCCAGGAAAGACUAUUUGGCAAACCCAUUGUUAGUGAUGAUGUGCAGGCUGAAUACAUUUCCAGAAAUGCUGCCAACUCUAAUAACCCAGAUGCCAUAGAACGUCAUGGCAUGACUUCGCUGGAGCGUCAAGCUCGCAUGAAUGCGGCCGUACAAUCAAAACUACCCGGUGCUACAGCUCAACAGAAUGGUUCCAGUUAUGACAGUGUUUCCAGCUACGAUUCAUACAAUGCCUCUCAAUUGACAAUGCAAAAUUUGGGCCGUUUGGGUCCCAAUGCCCCCGAUGAUCUCAAAUCAGUGCCAAAUGCCAAUGCUGGCAGACCUUUGCCUCCUGUUGUUAUGACUUCGCAACAAGCCGAUUAUGCUCGUAGUACCCAUGAUCAUCGUCAAUACGCCGGUGCUAAUGAUCUUAAUAGGCAAAGUAGUCCCGGUAGACCUCCAUAUCAUGAUAUGAACGCUUCUAGAAAUAUUGAUCCCCGAAAUGGCACACCACAACGUCCCUCGAAUUUGGGUCUCGAUGGUAGUCCACGUAAAGUUGAAACCAAAACUGAUUAUGGAAAAUACAGUCGUAAUAAUUCUGCCUCACAAGCUGAUUACAAUAAAAUUCCCAAGCAAACGGGUGCACCACCAGCACAUGGCAUGGUUGUGCCACCACCAAAUAUUAAUGGUAAUAUGAAUGGCAAUUCUACGCCCAAUGGUUCGGGAGGACCCUUUAAACCAGUGCCACCACCCAAGCCGAAAAACUAUAGGCCACCUUUGCAAAAUGCCGGCAAUGCUAAUGGACCAAGUCAAUGGGCCGAAAAUGGGGAACCUGGUUCUCCUCGUUCACCCAAUGGCUUUUAUUAUCCUCCUGCUCCUCAGCAUCAUCAUUAUUCCCAACAAACUCCUGGAUCUCCUCACACCGGUGCCAAUAUGCAGCCCACUUAUGGCACCAAUAAUAAUUAUGGUCCUGCCACUACCCCGGGUUAUCCACCAAAUGCCAAUGGCUAUAAUGGCAACCCCACUUCGCAUCAUUACAAUGGAGGCAGUGGCACUGGACCCUAUAUAGCUCCUCAUCGGGGCAUGCCACCACCCAUAGGUAAUCUUCCUCCUCAUACCCCGGAACGUCAUGGCUUAGAUUUGGCUGGCAGUCGUGAGCAACGUGGUUCAGCAUUUGAAUUAUAUCGUAAACCCCAAAUUGGUACAGCUGGGCACCAUCAUAAUAUGAGCGAAAUGGAGCCAUAUGAUCAGCAAAGAUACGAUGAUUAUUAUGCCAUGCCACCGCCACAACAUCCACCGCCACGUUCACGUUCUGUUCCCCGUUAUGCCCAUGAAAUGCCACCUCCGCCCUCAUCUCAUGAUCCCAAUAAUUAUUAUAGUUAUGGGCCACCACCUCUGCCGCCGCCACAUCCCUCAAAUGUUCAACCACAGUACUACGGUGAGAAUGAAAUUCAUCCACCACCACCAUUGCCGCAUAAGGUAAAAAAGAAAUCCAUGUUAAAGAGUCCCCUAACAGCCAUUAAGAAUGCGCUGAUCAAGACCACAAAACCUUUAAGACGCAUGAAUAGCAUGGCGGAAGCAGAUCGUAAACCAAAAUCGGGUCUAAGACGACAACAUUCAAUGUUGGAAAGAGGUAUGCAAAGGCCAUACUAUCCCGAUGAAUAUCCCACAUAUCCGGCCGGCUUUGAUGAACGUUAUCAUAAUGGUAGAGGACGCAGUGUGCCCGCAUCUGCCAUGAGGGGUAGUAGAGAACAGUAUUAUGAACAACAAAAUCAGCAAAAUUACAAUCAUGGCCAUUAUGGGCCACAGCAGGAUGUUAUGAAUAGUACAUACCAAAAUUUAGAAACUGAAGAUAUUUAUGGUCAUAUGGGCACAGUGCCAAGGACCGGGCGGGAACGUUCUUACAAUGAGUUUAAUAAUGGCUAUCCAGAUCAUGAUGAUCUUUAUGCCAAUAGAGCUUGUAUCGACUUGGAAAGACGACAAGCUGAAGCUGCCAGUGCGGGACAGGGUAGAAGUGGUAGAAAAAUUACUAGAAGACAUAGCACUACGACAGCGGAUCGUGCUGCUGGACGGCGACACCAAAUGGCGCCCAAUGGAGCUCAAGGUCCCUACCAACAAGAUGAUAUUUAUCAAAGUAAACAGGGAGCAUAUAUGUUGGAUAACCAACGUCGCGCCCCCAAUUCAGAGGUUAUGACCCGUAGAAGAUUCUAUCCGGGAGCCGCCAAUGAACAAGUGGAAAUACAUGAGCCUAUGUAUCAGUCUAGACGAGAAAUGCAACGUGAAAGACAAAAUCAUCACCUAUAUCAAACCAAACAGGAAAUGCAAGAGCGUAUUACCCAGGGUAAAAAGGACAUAGAAAGGGAAUUUACUCCCCCACAUUCAGGUCAACCAGAGAUAGAUAAUAAAACCGAUAAAGAUCCCAUUUAUCAGUCGAGGAGAGAUAUUAAAGAGAGUGCUUUAAAAACUAGGGCCCAAUUGAGAGAUCAAAUCUAUCAGACCAGAAGAGAGGCCCUAGAUAGCAUGGCUGAACCGGGUUAUGUGUCAAAAAGAGAUGUGGGCAGACCCGAACCGAUUUAUGAAACUAAAGAAGAGAGUAUUUUGCAAUCGAGAGAAAAUGAAACCGAUGAAAAGAAAGAAGAAAAGACUGAAAUACAAACACAAGCUGAAAUCAAUCAUGAGGCUGAGGAUGAAGAGACUCUAAGCAGAUCAGAAUUACAAAAAUCCUCAGAUACUGUUAUAGAAAAUACAGCUAUAAACACUAACUCACCCAGGAAGUCCGCUCCUCUGGUACAAAGUGAAGAUGAUGAUUUGGAUGUGGAUACAGCUAAAGAUUUUGAUAGAUCAGAAAUUCCCACGGUCAUAGAAAACUGUCAUAAUCAGGGUAUGUUAGAGGAAACAGAAAAUAAUAUGAAUGAAACUCAGGAUAUGUCCGAUGAUGUUUUCGAAACACCCCAAGCGGUAUCCUCUCCUUUAGUUAUCGAAGGGCCACCCAUAGAACCUUUAGAACCACCCAAGCCCACACUGCCUCUAACACCACGCACCAGUAGAGCACCUUUUCAUAUAUCGAAUAUUUUAAAGAGAACUGGACCACCGCCAUUAAAGAAAUUAAGUGAAAGUCGCACCUCAAUUGAAACACAAUACACAUCACAGGCCAGUUUGCCCGUAGGACCUCCCAAUGCCACCAGUACACCCUAUACCAGCAAUAUGUCAUUGCCCAUUGCCGGACCAGUACCAACAUCUGCUCCAGCCGCUGCCAGCUCACCCGGUAAUGGUUCAUUCCCAACAGUGCCUCGAGAGCCUGCCACUUGUCGGGGUAUUUUCGACUGUAAGGGCGGCACUUUAGCAGACAACAUUUGGAAUGUUUCGCUGCAAAUACCACCGGGAGCCAUAGCGCCGGGUGUUAGACAAGAAAUCUAUUUUACCGUCAGUGAUCCACGUAUGGGACAAGCUGUUGGUGGCCCACCCUUGGAUAUGGAAAAUGGUGAAACCAUGCUGUCACCGUUAGUAAUGUGUGGUCCCCAGGGUCUGGAAUUUCGAGUGCCCGUAACGCUUAAUAUACCCCAUUGUGCGGGUAGAACAACAUCAUUGGGUUUAGCUUUGAAGGCCACCGAUAGUGAAAAGAAUAUACACACCGAAUGGGAUAAUAUCGAUUUACCCAGUAAUGCUGCUGCUCAUACAGUAUCGGUUAAAGUAGAUCAUUUUUAAAUAGUACUAAAAUAUUAAUUAAUAAUAAUAAUAAUAAUCAUAAUCAUCAUUCAUAUAAAUACAUAUACAUACAUAUAAAUUAGUUAUUUUCUAUAAAUAUAUAUAUUUUUUAUUAUAAAUAUCUAGCUAUAUUAAGCCACAUUUUUUUCUUAUAAAUAAAUAUAUUCAUUAAACAUAUUGUAAAUAUACUAUAUACAAGUAUAUAUAUUUAAAAAUACAUAAUUUUUUUCGUUUUAUAAGUCUUGUUUUAUAGUUUUAUAUAAAAAAAAUUAAAUGAUUUAAAAGCAAACAAAAAAUAUUUAAUGAAGUUAAUUUUAAGUUAUAAAAUUUAUCUGAAAAAUGUUUGUAAACAAAUUUUAUAGUAAAUUUGUGCCUUUAGCUGUAUUUAAUUAAUUAAUGUGAACAAUAUAACGAACGACUCCUUUUUUCUCUUUAAACUAUAAAUAUUUAUUAGUAAGACAAUUUUGUUUUUCUUUGUAAAUAAUUUCGUUUUUUUUUUUUGUUUAUAAGAGUAGAGUACCCAAGUGUUUAUUUUAUUUUAUAUUGUAAUUUAAUUUCGUUUUAGUUGUUUCGAGCAGAAAUUUUGUCUUUAAAGCAUUUUAAAUGUUUAUAAAUAUAUUUUAUCUAAAUAUAGAUUUUAAAUUUUAUUUUGGUAUGCUUUAAUAAUAAUUAUUACAAAAAUUAUAUAUUCAAUAUUUAUUAGAAAUAUGACAUAAUGAUCGUUUAAAAAAAAACUAAACUUUGUAAUAGAUUUAAUUAUUAUCACCCACUAUUCAUUUAUACAAUACAUGUACUACAUAAACAUAUUAUUAUUAAAUAAAACUACGUACGAAAAGCUUCAAUAAAGUAUAUAUAAUAAAUUCACAGAAAA